AUGUAAAAACAAAAUAAGUCAUUUUUUGAGUAAGAAACUUGUUUGGCUGAAAUAGAAUUGCCAAUAGAAUGGAGACCUCAAUUUAUUAAAUGGACUAAAAAGCUAGAAAAAUAAGAUAAAUAUUAAGAGAAGUUGAAGGCUAGUAUAGAAAUAAAAAAUAAUGAAUACUAUUUAAUAAUCGAAGAUGAGAAGGAUGAAAAACAAUCAGUUAGAAUGAAUAUAAGCGACUUAAAAUAACCUAUGAAUAAAUGUAAUUUAUUAAUACCAUCACCUCCUUAUAAUGAGCCAAGGGAUAUUUAAAACAUCCAUUGUUUGCCAUACAAAGCAAAAGCAAAAAUUGAAAAUAAUUAAAAAGAUGUUGAAGAAUUGCAAAAUAAAUUUCGUGGCCUUAAAUAUAGUGAUAAAUAGAAAUAGAAAUAUAAAAAUUAUUCUAGCAGUUCAGAAGUUGAACAAAGUCCUAGCGAAGAUGAAUUUUCAGGAUUUUAAAUUCCUGUUCUCUUCCAACUCUCUCAUUUAGGUAUUUAAAUAUUUCAACUCAGAAAUUAGAGAUUCACAAAAAGGACAAUAAAGUCAACCUGCAGAAACUUAUGAUAAAUAAAACUUAAGGAAUAACUUAAUUGAUUUCUUGAGAACCAAGGGUGACAAUGGAGCUAACAUAUAAGAGAUAAAGCAAUACUAUAAAUUCCAAAGCGUUCCAGAAGUAUGAGUAUAAAUAAAUAAUAGAAACAUUUAAGAGAUUCCCUAAAGCUGUUUGCGAAAACUACAAUGAAGGCGAACAAAUUAAUUUACAUCUUGCCUUCUACCUUAUAGAAUUGAAAUAUCCAUGAUUAAGAAAUCAUAUGCAUAGAUAAUAC